GUGACGUCGCCGUGGUCCCGGGGCGGGAGCCGGAGCCGCCCCGGUGCUGGCAGUGAGGGCGAAUGACGGAGCGGCGGCAGCGGCAGCCUCCGCCCGCCCGCCUCGCCCCGCAGACAGCCGUCGCCGGGAGCUGCCGCUCAGGGCGGCGUGUCGCGCGCGGAGGGCAGGCGCCGCGGCGGGGAUGCGGCGGCGCUGCUGCUGGGGGCCGGCGGCGUUGCUGCUGGGGCUGGGCAGCCUACUCGCCGCCAAAGGCAGUGAACAAACACAAGCCCUGGAUUGAGACAUCGUACCAUGGAAUCAUAACUGAAAACAAUGACACUGUAAUUUUGGAUCCUCCCCUUGUUGCUUUGGAUAAAGAUGCACCUGUUCCCUUUGCAGGUGAAAUAUGUGCUUUUAAAAUCCACGGACAAGAAAUGCCCUUUGAAGCUGUUGUGCUAAACAAGACAUCUGGAGAAGGUCGUCUUCGAGCAAAAAGUCCUAUUGACUGUGAACUGCAGAAGGAAUACACAUUCAUCAUCCAGGCCUAUGACUGUGGAUCAGGACCAGGUGGAACAAACUGGAAGAAAUCUCACAAGGCAGUGGUCCAUAUCCAGGUAAAGGAUGUCAAUGAGUUUUCACCAGCUUUCAAGGAGAGUGUGUAUAAGGCCACCGUGACAGAGGGAAAGAUCUAUGACAGCAUACUGCAGGUAGAAGCCAUAGAUGAGGACUGUUCCCCACAGUAUAGCCAGAUCUGCAAUUACGAAAUUGUCACGACUGAUGUUCCUUUUGCCAUUGACAGAAAUGGUAACAUCAGAAACACCGAGAAACUGAACUAUGAUAAACAGCGCCAGUAUGAGAUAAUGGUAACAGCUUUUGACUGUGGGCAAAAACAUGCAACAGAAGAUGUCUUAGUACGAGUUAAUGUCAAACCAGUGUGCAAACCAGGCUGGCAAGACUGGAACAGACGGAUUGAAUACAAGCCCGGUUCUGGCAGCAUGCCUUUGUUUCCCAGCAUUCAUCUAGAAACGUGUGAUGGACCAGUUUCCUCAAUACAUACCACCAUUGAAUUACAGACUAAUUACAUUGGAAAGGGCUGUGAUCGUGAAACGUACUCAGAAAAAUCUCUGCAGAAAUUAUGUGGAGCUUCCUCAGGUGCCAUUGACCUCUUACCAUCUCCCAGUGCAACAACUAACUGGACAGCUGGGCUUCUCAUGGAUAACAAUGACAUGAUUUUUAAAUUUGAUGGAAAGCAAGGAGCCAAAAUCCCAGAUGGAAUAGUCCCGAAGAAUUUAACUGACCAAUUCACCAUCAGUCUGUGGAUGAAACAUGGACCUAGUCCAGGAUUAAGGGCUGAGAAAGAGACUAUUCUCUGCAACUCUGACAAGACAGAGAUGAACCGACAUCACUAUGCCUUGUACGUGCACAACUGCCGAUUAGUAUUUCUGUUGCGCAAAGACUUUGAUCAGGCUGACACCUUUCGUCCUGCAGAGUUCCACUGGAAACUGGAUCAGAUUUGUGAUAAAGAAUGGCAUUACUACGUUGUCAAUGUUGAGUUUCCUGUUGUUACCUUAUACAUGGAUGGAACAACGUAUGAACCUUACCUUGUGACCAAUGAUUGGCCUAUCCACCCUUCACACAUAGCCAUGCAGCUGACAGUUGGUGCUUGUUGGCAAGGAGGUGAAGUCACCAAGCCCAGAUUUGCUCAGUAUUUCCAUGGCAGCCUGGCCAGUCUUACUAUCCGGCCAGGCAAAAUUGAGAGUCAGAAAGUGAUUUCCUGUUUGCAAGCCUGCAAGGAAGGUCUGGAUAUUAAUUCUCUUGAGAGUCUUGGCCAAGGAAUAAAGUAUCACUUCAACCCUUCUCAGUCAGUCCUUGUCAUGGAAGGAGAUGACAUUGAGAAUAUAAAUCAAGCUCUCCGAAAGGUCUCAUACAUCAACUCUAGACAGUUUCCUACUGCAGGCGUACGACGUCUCAAAAUCUCAUCUAAAGUCCAAUGUUUUGGUGAAGAUGUCUGCAUUAGUAUCCCAGAUAUAGAUGCGUAUGUAAUGGUGUUUCAGGCCAAUGAGCCCAGGAUUACAAUAAGUGGGAUGGACCACUUUGCUAGACCAGCUGCACAAUUUGAAAGUGAAAGAGGUGUUAUUUUGUUACCUGACAUCAGGAUUGUCAGCACAGUCACUAAAGUGGAGCAUCCAGUGGACUUAAAAGAACAUGACAGAGCCAAUAAGCCAGUGGUUUUAGAGGAAAUGCUUCACAACUUGGAUUUCUGUGAUAUUUUGGUCAUUGGCACAGAACUAGAGCCUAAGCAAGAAUGUUUAGAACUAGAUCAUGUGGAGCUUCAAGGAAAGCACCUAGAUGCCACAAAUUCUACAGCAGGAUAUUCAAUCUAUGGUGUGGACAGCAUGCACAACUAUGAACAGGUUCUUCGGCAGAUUCGAUAUCGUAACUGGUACACUUCUGCUACCUUUGACAGAAAGUUCAGAGUCAAGUGCUCAGAGCUAAAUGGACGUUACACCAGCAAUGAAUUUAACUUGGAGGUUAAUAUUCUACACAGCUCCAACACCAACUUCAUGGACCACGUAAAUCAUAUGAUAGUACAACCACAAUUUCUCCAAUCUGUCCACCACCCAGAAGGAACCAUAAGUGCUGUUCACAACUCAGUUGUUCCAAGUGUGGCUACUAUCGUUAUCAUAAUCUGUGUGAGCAUACUCAUUUUCAUCGUAACCUUGGGGGUCUAUCGGAUUAGGACAGCUCAUCAGCACAGCUCUGCAGACAACGAAGGAAGUAAAGAGAAUGAAAUGGAUUGGGAUGAUUCUGCUCUGACUAUUACUGUCAACCCCAUGGAGAAAUAUGAAAAGCCUCACCAGACAGAAGAGGAGAGUGAGGAGGAAGAUGACGACAUAGAAGAUGAAGACGAAGACACAACCAGUGGUGAAUCAGAUGAAAGUGAAGAGGAGGAAGAGGAGGAGGAAGAAGAGAUUGUCCAAAAGGGAGACAAACAGAAUGCCACCAGGCAAGAGCAGUUGGAGUGGGAUGAUUCAACACUCCCAUACUAACAGCCCUCCAGCCACAUUGCUCUUUUGUAACAACCAAUACGAUGUUUUUUCAGAGUCUAUGAAUUCAUUGACAGGAUUUGAACUUCUCCUUGCGUAUAACUGUUUUACCUAAAAUGAUCUUGUUGUAGUGAUUGAUAAUGAUAGAAGUGACCCUUUUCUUACAAGGCCUGGAGAAAACAUGGUACAAACAUACUGGCAUCACCAGUAAUAAAGUAAUCUAGAACUUGAUCUGUUAGCAAGCGUAGUUCUCAAUUUCCUGUUUCUAUACUGCAGAUAAGUGACACAAGUCCUGUCACUCAAUCCAUAGAGGUUUUUUGCCUUUGCUAUUUUUUUCAUACAGGAGAGAUUUUAGCUUGUUAUGAAGAAUUACUUGUGUGGGUCCAAAUAACUGUUGCCAUUUGACUUCACACUCUUACAGGUGUAAAAUAUACUCCACCUUCAAAUUGGGGCAGAGUUUUAGUGCUACAGGUGACAGAGACAGAAUUCCAUUCGUCAUCUCGUCCUGCCUUCUUGGAUGUUAACUGUCUUCACAAGGGAAUAUUUAGGACUUGAUAUGGGAUGCAUGUGUGCCUGUGUAUAAGUGGACAGUAUUUAUUUAUUUAAUUUUUUUUUUAAGGCAUGCUGUCCGAACCCUCAAGAUAACCCACCCAUAGAAAUUUCAGAGAGUUUAAAAAAAAAAAAAAGCAACAAGGGGCUACUGAAGGUUACAAAAGAAAAAAAAAUAGUUCUAUGUCCACUAAUAUGAUCUUAUGCAAACUGUAAGUUCUAAUGGGAUUGAUUUACUGGAAACCUGCAGAGCUGCUCAUUAGUUAUGGAUUGAGCAAUCUGCAGCAAAGUGAUGCUUUAAACCGUCUGUCUUGUAAAAUCAUUAGCUUGUUGCAGUAUCUUACUGAAGUAGUGAAAAAUAAGUGACGCCCAUUAGUCCGUAGCUAUGUAUGGUUGGGAUUCAAACAGUGAUUUUACAUGAGGAAAAAAUGUUCCCUUUUGCUUUAGUGAAUGCCAGCUGGAAUUCAUGUCUGACUGUAUUCUAUAAAACAUUAUGCCCUAUUUCUUCUGCACCCUUACCCACCUACAAGUGGCACAACAGAAAGUGACAACACAAACAACUGCCAGCUCUCUUUUGUGCUCAUAAUUCUCCCUUAUUUCUUCUUCUUGAAGCCAUUAAUAUUGUGAAAAGGUUUUAUAAAGUAGAACAAGAACAAAUAAAACCUACCUGGAACCAAAAGAAGUGGAGAAAAGGAAAAAAAAAAACCCCCAAACAAACAACAAAAAAAAACUCCACAAAACUCCUAAGAGGUUGAGAGAGUAUUUUAGUUUGUUAUGGUAACACAGCAUAUUUUUCUUAAACACUGUUUAAAAAAGAAAAAAAAAGCAAAAAAAAAAGCAAAGCUAUGUACAAUGUGUUGGUAAGUCUGUGUGGUGUGGGUUGUGGUUUUUUUUUUUUUUUGUGUCCCCUUUCCUUAAUUAUCUUUGCAUCUUCAAAUGCGCUGCAUACCAAAUGAUGCAGCAUUUGCUAGGAUAACUGCUCUAAUGCAUUAAAAAAAGCAAAAUGGCAUGGAAGUCAAUGCUGCCUAGUGGCUUGCCUUUUUUUUUUUUUUUUUUUUUUCCAAGUACAUCCUUUCCUUUACAAUUUCAUCAUUGCCUUUUGUAGUUGUAAUUUGUUGUUUAAAAUGAGCUGCCUCCUCCUCCCCUCUUUCCAAAGAAACAAGCAGUCAGUCUUGCCAUCACAGGAGGACAUUCCUGAGUGCCCAUCAAUGGUAGCUGAUCUUGCAAAAAGUAACUUGAGCAAUCUUGAGAAUAGCCACCUCCCUCAAUACUUUAUGUUUAUUAGCAGCUCCUGAACAUCUUGGAAUAUAAAGAAUACAUUGUGGGUUUGGGGCUUCUUUUAAUUGCCAUUUCUGCAUCUGACAGUUGCAGGGAAAGAUUAACAGCAACUAGACCUUGUAGUUUAAUAACUAGAAAGUAAAUGAAAAGAACCCUAAAAAAUUAGAGAUCUUCAUGCUCUUUUUUGUUGUGCCAACAAUCAUGUUGGCACAUGAUUGUUAAGACAGGCAAUAUAGAAGUUUUCUUACACGAGCAAGCCUGUGUUGUUUUUAUUCUGGUCUCUCAUAAUUAGUAAACUUGCAAGACUAUUUGCAGAAUCAAGCCCACAUACAUAAAAAAUUAUCUGCAGGAAUAAAGAUUGUAAAAUUGGCCAAAAUUUCUGUUUAAUAAAAAAAAAAAAUCAUAAAACAUCAGAAUAUCCUGAACAGAAAUUUUAUGUUAGAGCAUUUCCUAGGACCCUAGUAUCCUAAAUAAUUUCCUAGUGUUAAUUUCUAUUAGUGACAUGAAGCAGGCCCUUCAUGAUGUUUGUUAUCAGCACCUAUCUUAGCAAAGCUUUCUGCUCAGAAAAAAAGAUUUAAAAUUAAAAGUAGAUAUUUAAAAGCCAAUUUCAGAUUUAAAACUGAGCUUAAAUUCUUUUUUUAAGUUUCUGUUAUUCCUGAUUAUUAUUAUUAAUGUUGUUAUCACAGCAAACGUUAGGGCAACUUGAAAACAACAAUUUACAACCUUAUUGACAGCUUUUAAUUCUUUUAUACAUUCAUGUCUUCAGCAGUGUGUUUCUCCAUCUAAUAGAUUUUUAUCUUUUUUGUUCCUGGAAGCAAAUCUUUUCAGGUCAUGCUGGUACAUUACACAAGAAACAAACAUGAAGUAUUUUCUCCGCUGUAAAUAAACUUACAUUUUUAAACCUAAACAACGUAACACAGGGAUAUGUGAUAUCACUAAAAUUUGGUUGCAACAAGAUAUUCAGCAAACUGAAAUGUAUCACUGUAGUUAUUUUAUAUUACUCAUUGGGGUAAAUUAUACAGCAUUUUUCAUUCAAAUAAACAGAAAAAAUCCUUUUCACAAAACACUAGUGAGCAUAAGAUACUUUUUUUUUUUCCCCCACAAAAUGAACCUUAAAAUUUGUAUAGCAUUUGACAGCAAUGACUUCAUAAGCAAAGGCCUACUAGUGGAAUAACAUCAAAAUUCACUUUUUCUGAAAUAUUUUCAACAGUAUUUCCUAUCCUCCAUGAGUUAUUUUUUUGAUGUAAACUAUUUGCUUAAAACCGGACUAGAACAUAUAUAUGUGCAUCCACACACACAAAGCCUCUCCUUUCCUCUCCAAAAAAAGUGUUUAUGCUACAAACUCUGAAAUGGCAACUGCAGUGUCUGGCUCUUCAAGAUGUAAUGUUUAUCCUUAGCCCAGUUGCAAGGUUGAGCUAUGAAGACACACAAAUAGAGGUGGCCUUUUUUUACAGUAGCAAUAAACAAGUGCAUCCAAAAAAAAAAAAAAAAAUCAUCUCUGAAGAGGUAUCUGUAAUACAUGACCGCAGUAAUCUGUGAUGCCAGAGGUUUAAAAUGAGAGCACAUCACUGACUGCCUUUAAAUUUUUUAAAUUCUAAUCUAAGGCUGGGAAAAACUGCAAAACGUACAAAUGCAAAUUCAAGACAGUGAUACACUGCAUUAUCUGAAUUAAUAACUGCCUAAGUUGCUUUUUGUGAUCAAUAGCUCACAUUUCUUUUUUACUUCUUCCCCCUCCACAGGUAUUUCAUCUCUGCAAGCAAACUUUGAAAUUGAGAUUAAUCUCAGUAUUUACUGCACUGGCUGACACUAGUUCAAAUUAGAAAUAGACACGUAGGGUUUGUGACAUCUUUAAUACUAAUUAAAAUAACAUUUUGCUAUUUGUUCAUUCAAACAGGCAACAGCAUCCUGCAGUGGUGGCUUCACUGCUUUUUAACUGGUGAUGAUUUCCCCUGCCAAGGCCUACUGGGAAGGUGCAGUUUAUUUCCCUUUCUGGUGUGUUGUGGUGCUGGGCUUGCUGCGAGCACGUGUACCAUCCUUACUUCAUGCAGGAGAAAAAUAAGUCUCAGAAAGGGUCAGAGGGUUUUAAAGUUCCUCUGGUGGGGAUGAAAUCCACUGUCCCAUUUUGCAGGAGCUCUGCCUACCUGACACUAAGCUGAAAAUAAUGCCAUGAGACAUUAGUAGCCCCAAGUUAAGGACUGGUCAGAUAGUAAUUCUGCAGCAGCCCUUACUUUAGUUUGGCAACCCCUUUCAAGCCCUGCACCUAAUUUAUGUCUCAGCUGUCUCUUUCCCUGACCUGCAACCUGAGAGGCAGCUGUAAUGUUUUACCUGGUGGGGAUCCCAGCAGGUCGGGACACAGCCCUUCCUCCUCUGGAAGUUUUGGUGCCAGCACAUGCGCCACUCUCUGCAUUUCCACCACCAUCCAGGCUUAGAAGAAGAGGAGAAUGAAAGACUUUACUGAGGUGAUAUCCGGGAAAGGUCUGGUUGAGAUGGAUGCAUGGAGCUGCUCCUGGUAUCCUGGAAUAUACGUUAGAAUACCAAAAUUAAGCAUGUUUGCAAAAGCACAUGGAUACUUAGAGAGGGAGAGGAAAUUAAACUGUGAGGACAUCUCCAGGCUUCAGAAAAGUCUCCUCUUUCCUUAAUUCUUGGAUGCUGACUAGAUUAAAUAUCUCCAUACCAGUAUAUCCCCACCAGUUUUUAUAUGCUUAUUACAAAUACCAAUAAAACCUCAUAGCAAAAUACAAUUUCCAUAUAAACAAUUUCCAGGAAUCUAGCAGUAGGCAAAGGAGCCAAAUAAUAAAAAUCUUGGUGUCUGACAUCAUGACUAACAUCCUAAAUUUUUUUUUUUCCAAAUUUACUUCAUCUCUGUGGGGUGUCGCUGUUUUCUGGAUGUGUACUGUAUACUAUUUCUUCCCUACUCUUAAAAAGUACCAAUAAAUUUACCAGCAAGACAACAGUUCAUUUGGCAGAAAAAUAAAGGUGUCAUAGCUUGUAAAAA